GUCCCCACAAUCUAACGGUCCACAUUGCAACUCAAAAAAUUUGACCGUUGCACUAACUUCGGUUCACAGCUUCAAAUAUACACUCCCCCUCUGCUCAUUGUUGUUCCUCGUAAAAACAAAGCACAGACAAAUCAGAGAGAGAGAAUAGUGAAAAAAGAACUAGACUUUGAUCGAGGAAGGUCUUGAAGGCAAACCCAGAAGGCCCUGAUCGUCAAGAUUUUGGUCAUGGACACCAGAGGUGAUGGUGAAGUGAAUGGAGAAGUACCAAGAAGGAACCAAAGAGUAGCUCUUCAAGAUAGGACCAAUGUCGAGGCAGCCCAGCUGUUAGCAAAUGCACAGAAGAACAAUGUGAACCCAGUGCUAGUGCCUAGUCUUCAAGACAAGGUAGCUGUUAAUAGAAAAUGUGCCCCUGCAAAUAAGGGUACCAAGAAGAAACCCAUAGAUGAAGAUGUGGUUGUUAUAAGUUCUGAUGAAGAAGAGGAGAAACCUGUGCUACUUCCUUGUCUUCAAGACAAGGUAGCUCUCAAUAGAAAAUAUGCCCCUGAAAAGAAGGGUACCAAGAAGAAACCCAUAGAUGAAGAUGUGGUUGGUGUAAGUUCUGAUGAAGAAGAGGAGAAACCUGUCAGUAAUAGAAGCAAGCCAUCACAAGGUUCAAGGAAGGAAGUGAAGACUCUCACUUCGAUUCUAACUGCUCGAAGCGAGGCUAUGGCUGGUGGAGCCACCAACAAGCCAAAGGAACAAGUUGUGGACUUUGAUUCAGCUGAUUUUAAUGAUGAAUUAGCAGUUGUUGAGUAUGUUGAUGAUAUGUACAAGUUCUACAAACUUGAAGAGGAUGGGAACCGAGUCGGAGAUUACUUGGACUCACAGCCAGAAGUCAAUUCAAAGAUGAGAUCAAUCCUCAUAGACUGGAUUAUAGAAGUUCACAGGAAAUUUGAACUGAUGCCAGAAACAUUCUACCUCACUGUGAAUAUAAUUGACAGAUAUCUUUCAGUGAGGAUUGUUCCUAGGAGGGAACUUCAGCUACUUGGGAUUAGUUCUAUGGUGAUAGCAUCAAAAUAUGAGGAAGUUUGGGCUCCACAGGUCAAUGACUUUGUUUGCAUAUCAGACGAUGCAUAUAUGGAAGAUGAGAUUCGAAAAAUGGAGAAAGAAAUCUUGGGGAAGCUGGAGUGGUAUUUGACAGUUCCAACACCUUAUGUGUUUCUUGCUAGAUACAUCAAAGCUUCUGUUUCACCUGAUGAUGAGAUGAAGAAUAUGGUUUUCUUCCUAGCCGAGCUUGGAGUCAUGCAUUAUCAAACAAUCAUCUCGUACUCUCCAUCCAUGAUAGCUGCUGCAGCCGUCUAUGCUGCCCGUUGUACCCUCAACAAAACCCCUUUCUGGACUGCAACUCUGAAGCACCACACUGGCUACUUGGAAGAACAGUUAAGGGAAUGUGCUAAGGUCUUGGUUGGCUUUCACUCGAAUGCUGCAGAAAGUAAUCUUAAAGCUGUCUACCGGAAAUACUCAAAACCUGAAUUUGGAGCUGUAGCUCAUCUCAAUCCGGCAAAAAGCUUUUAAGUCCACUUCAUGAAGAUGUCACAGUCUGAGUAUAAAUCUACUUUUUGUAGACAAUACACACCCACAAUAUCUGCUAGUGGUGGUUUCUCUGUAAUAUAGAUUAGUUCAAGAAUCAAGAAGGUUUUCAGUGUCUCUAUCUGGAAUUAUAGAUUGGUGUCUAGGGUGAUAGAGGAAACAGUUGUACUUAAUUUCAGUUGUGUUGUUUGUCAUUCAACAGGGAAUGUGCUAAGGUCUUGGUUGUUUUUCA